AUGUCUCACUUGAUCCCUCCACUCCUCGAGCUGCGAGCCCUACCCCCCAGCGUUCACAUUCUCUGCCCCCGCCAGAACGAUGACGAUCAGGAUCGAUAUGAUGAAGACAUUCAAGGUGGUCCUUUGCGCGGCGAACAGAAUGAUGUCCGGACGAAGACAAUCACGGAAGCGAGAGAGAGAAGAGACAAAUUCAUGUCCUGCCUACAACUCCUCGCCUAUGAUGGUGAGGAGACUGAGAAGUACCAGCGGAUGAUCUGGGACACCUUGGACAAUACUCUUGGUAAAUGCGAUAUCUGCAUCCGGAACUACUACGUCGAGAAACUGCGCUUUCUUGCACGGCUGCGCGAGGAGUACGAAGAGCCGGAUGUUCAGCAAUUCUUCGGUCUGAUCGAUCGACGAGAUACUGCCCGUAUCACCAAGGGGCUUGACGCUGCCGAAAGAGUCUUGAAAUCACUUCCGGAAGCCAAGCGAGGCACUGCCGCACUCGAGCCUGCACAAUUGCACGCUCUCUUCGAAGCACUGCUCUGCGACGCUUUUCUCCAGGAUGAGAACCUCCUGGCUCAACACUUCGACGAGCCGUUUCGGCUUAUUCAGACGAAAAAGCAGCUGAAGAUCCGCGAGAUCCUUCCCUCCACCGUUCGCUUCUUGUUCAGUUCCAACCACAGACGGCUGAAUUGGGCAACCGCUACAUGGGGUCGUCUCGGCCGCGCACCUACUGAUCUUGAAUGGACUUGGUCUAUCAAGAGUCAAUUACAAGAUCGUCUACAGAAGGCCACGGAUGCCGCAUCAAUAUCACGCUUCUGGAGUGGGGCUAUGAUCAUCGCGAAGACGCUACCAGAAGAUCUCAUUAGCCACAAGCUCUUGGAUAUGCAACCCAACCUCUGCAUGGCUGCUCUAGACCAUUUACACCAGCCGACGCCGGCCGUCUCGUUUAUCACUCAAACUCUUAAAAUCAUUCUGACCAAAGCUCCCAAAGCUUUCUGGCAGACUAUGGGAACCAUUUCUUCGCCUACUGUCAUCGAGCAGGUUUUCGCGAGUCCGAGGUUCAUUAAGUGUCUCAACGAUUCAGCAAUCGCCGAAAAUAAAGAAGAAUUCGAUGUCUUGCGAUGGGGGCCAGCUCUCGUGAAAUCUUUAGACCUGAAUAACCAGGCAGCUGCAUGUCAAGCUCUUGCCACACAACUUUUCCAAAAGCUCCAUGUUCUUGAGACCUCUCAGCGUGCGAAGACGCUCUGCUUCGAGGUCGCGGCGCAGGUCAUGAUGCAGACAACCAAGAACUUUGCAGUUCAUCAAGAAAAACAUGUCUCGGAACGCAUCGUACUUCUGGACGUUAUGAAGACUGUCAACGACCACAUUAGUGACCUGUUGAACCCUCACCAAGUUGGUCUGACAGGUGACUUGGGCAAGACUGCACGUGCUUGCGUACUCUCGCUGGUCAAGAACGGCAUUGCUAUCGACUGCUACAACCUCAGAAACGAUUUUGCAUCACUCAAGGAAUCCAAUACCGGCCUUAAACAUGAUCCAAGUUGCUAUUCGAAACCUCUCUGGGAUACAGCCGUGCGUGCUUUAGACAACACUGACACUGCUCUGUCUGGAGAAGUGCUUCAAGGCACAGUGGCGUUGCCAGGUUUGGAGAGGUUUCGACUGAAAGCUGGUGACCCUCUCUCUAAGCAGAAAGGCAUAUACAACUCAACAUUCGAUCAAGUCAACGCUGCUUACAGUAGACUAUUGGGGAAGAUCGCGGACUUUGAUCCGGAACACCUCGACAUGCUCUACAAGCAAAUGCCUACUUGCAUGCACUUGGUCGCAGCUCUUCUCUCAUCGAAUGAUGACGUAUAUCAGGCCGCAAUCGAAUUGAUCAAGAACAUUAGCGGCCAAGGAAGUCGCAAAGACGCUUUGGCACACUUGAUUGACGCUUUCUCCGAGACCACGAUUUUCAGUCUCUCCUGGACUUUCCGCCGGAUUGCUACCAUGCAGACAUUCGCUUCGGUGCCGCGGAUGGUCAAGUCUGGCAUGGAAAUCCUUGAUGUCCUCUGCAGUCCGAGUGACGGCAGGCUCAGAAAACAAAGCAAGAUUGAGAGUCACGAUUAUAAGCCGGUGUACAAGUUCUGGUCAUAUCAGUGGAUCGCCUUACGUACAAUCUUCCAACAUAUGGAGUCGUGGUCUAUAGAGCUACACGAUAAGCCUCUCAUGACAGAAGUUUGUCGAGACACUAUGCAGUAUGCCCAAGAUCUCUUCGAACAGUACCAUACCUUUGCCAGAUACCUGACAAAGGCGAAGCCGAGCGCUGAGGAGGACAUCCCAAGAAGCCUACUGAACCCAAGCGAACCGGAGCUGGGAUCUCCACUGAAAGUCUUAGGAUCAAUGGCCAAAUGGUUGCGACUGCGGGAUCAGUUCUUAGCAGACACGCAGGUCAAGCUGAUCACUAACAUGCUCAAUCAGCUGAAGAUGCACGAUGUCACGGGCGACUUUGAUGGCCUCAAAUACGUCAAGGACGUCGCUACCACACCAAACAUCAAGACAAUUCUAUCAGACACUCAGAAAGCCACCCUGGUGCGUGCAUUAGAAAAUUACACCGGGCAGCAAAUCGCAAAACCCCUGAAGAAGAAACAAUCGACACUGCAGAUGGAUACCUGGUCGCGCUCGGCUGAGAAGCGAUCAAGCUUGGGACGAAAAGAGAGCUCUGAUGAGUAUGACGAGAUUCCGCAGGUAGAGUGGGCCAACGUUAUCAAGCAGGUCAAAUCCGAGUCGUCGAAACCUGCUCCUACCAAAUCAAUCCCUCCCCAGCAGUCGCUUCCUCUGCAAAAGAAGUCAGAUGCUCUCGCUGCAAAGCUUGCCGCAAAGAAAGAAAGCGAAAGCAAAGCUUUCAUUGCAGACCGUAAACGUGAGCAGGAGCUCCGUAAGCAGCGCGACAGGGAAUUUGCAGCGAAGGCCAGAGGCAAGUCUACCCUCGGCGAGGGCUUCGGGGUCCUAGGGAAAGACCAUACGAAGCCUGCAGAACCGGGCAUGAUGGUCUCUAGCGGUUCCGAGUCCGAGGACUCCGACGAUGCUCUGUUUGGGAAAGUCCAGCGCGUGCACCCGAUUACCAAGACUCAUGCCCAUACUCGGCAGCCUGUAGCAGCAGGGCCCGUACGCAAAAUCAAGCAAGUGCGAUCUCAGAAGGAUAUGAGAGCUCGACUCGCGCCAGAUCUGACCAAUUUACACAAGACGAUCCUUGCAUGGGACUUCUUUGCUGACACAGACCUGCCUCCUAAUUCUGCCAAGGACGACUAUACCUUGGUCACAAACGAGUUCCAAAGCGUUCAGGAUUACCAGAAAACCUUUGAACCACUCUUGAUUCUUGAAAGCUGGCAGAGCUUUCGAGCUGCUCGAGAAGAUGGCACCUUCAAAGCCCAGGAGCUCAAGAUCUCCAAUUCGUUACUCGUUGACAGCUUCUUUGAAUUGAAUGUGACUAUGUCGUAUCAACAAGGUCAGGAUUUGGGUUGGGGAACAACGGAUGUGGUUAUUCUUUCGAGGUCGAGUCGGCCGACAACCGAUUCGAGCGAACCUCAUUGCCUUGCCCGUAUCAAAGAGGUGAGCCGGAAGAAGGGCGAAGUUCAGAUUGUGCUUCGAAUAAAUGCUGCUGGAAACCCAAUGAGACCCUUCUUGAACGACAAGGCCACGAUCUGGGCUUCGCAAAUUCUCUCUCUUACGACUUUGGAACGCGAAUUUGGCGCCCUGAUGGCUCUUCCCUAUUAUGACCUCAGCGAAGAGAUCAUCGCAGCAAAGCCAUCUCGACUGAUGGACUAUCCCGACCACGAGCUUGCUACAUUCGUCCAAACGUACGAUGUCAACGAGGCCCAAGCAAGAGCAGUCAAAUCAGCGUUAGAUAACGAUGCUUUCACAUUGAUACAAGGUCCGCCAGGGUCAGGCAAGACUAAGACAAUUUGCGCACUUGUAGGUGCUGCGAUGACCGGCUUCUUGCCCAAGCACAACGACAAGGGUCCGCGCUUGAAUGCUGCCAGUGGCGUGGUCAGUGCUCCGAAGGCAGCGAAAAAGAUUCUUGUAUGCGCGCCCAGCAAUGCCGCUGUGGACGAGCUUGUCAUGCGCUUCAAGACUGGUCUGAAGCUGAUGGACGGUUCAAGCGAGAAAAUCAACGUGGUCCGCCUUGGCCGCAGCGAUGCCAUCAACACCAAUGUCAAGGACGUCACUCUCGAUGAACUUGUCAAUGCCAAGCUGGAUGUCGGGCCAAAGGAUCAGAAGGAAGACAUCCAUGCCAUCAUGAUGCAGCACAAAAGUGUCUCGAAUGAGAUGAUCGAACUGCGAGACGGUAUAAGUGCCAAGCGCCAGAAAGGCGAAGCUAUUCCAGUUGCUGACGAAAACGCGCUGGAUGGCCUCAAGCGUAAGAAGACUUCGCUCAGCAACAAGAUUGAUGCUGUCCGGGAAAAGCAGAACUCCGAGUCACGCAAUGCUGAUCUCAACCGGAAACGAGUGCAGCAAGAAAUCCUGGACACCGCUCACGUACUUUGCGCCACCCUGAGCGGAAGUGGUCACGAAAUCUUUCAAGGCCUUAACGUCGAAUUUGAGACGGUCAUUAUCGACGAGGCUGCUCAGUCGAUCGAGUUGUCGGCUCUCAUUCCUCUCAAAUAUGGAUGCACCAAAUGUAUUCUUGUUGGCGAUCCAAAGCAAUUACCGCCUACUGUCCUGUCACGCGAGGCUGCCAGAUUUCAGUACGAGCAGAGCUUGUUUGCGAGAAUGGAAAAGAAUCACAAGAAGCACAUUCAUCUCCUGGACACUCAAUAUCGUAUGCACCCCGAGAUCAGUUUGUUUCCCAGUCGAACCUUCUACGAUUCCCGUCUCAAGGAUGGUGCUGGCAUGGCUAAGCUACGUUCCCGACCAUGGCAUCAUAGCCCGGUUCUUGCACCGUAUCGCUUUUUCGAUGUGCAAGGCAUGAGCCAAUCGGCAACUAAAGGCCACUCGCUCAUCAACAUAGCAGAGAUCGAUAUUGCUAUGGCCUUGUACGACCGUCUCAUUACGGACGUGAAGAAGUACAGCUUCAGAGGAAAAGUGGGCAUAAUCACACCCUACAAGGGUCAGCUGAGGGAGCUAAAGACACGUUUUCGCGGACGCUACGGUGAGGACAUCACCUCGGCUGUUGAGUUCAACACAACCGACGCUUUCCAAGGCAGAGAGAGCGAGAUCAUAAUCUUCUCGUGUGUGCGUGCGUCGACGAAGGGUAUUGGCUUCCUGAACGACAUUAGACGCAUGAAUGUUGGUCUCACUCGUGCCAAGUGCUCGUUGUGGGUGCUCGGCAAUACCGAAGCGCUCAAUCAAGGCGAAUUCUGGCGUGGCCUAAUCUCCGACGCGAAAACGAGACAGCUAUACACUGAUGGUAACAUCAAAGCGCUCCUCAGUCGCCCGCUAUUGACGGAGGAUAUGAUGAAGGAUGACAUCGAGAUGGUAGAAUCGAGCACGCCUGAGCCUCAGCAGCCGGACAAGCCGCAAUCAGUCAAUCGCAAUGCCCGGGUGGAUCCAUCAAAUAGUGGAACACCGGCAUCGUCUCGCCCGGCGAGCGUUCUAUCGAGGAAUUCCUCGUCUUCGUCAGUCGCGGGCAUCAUCAGACAGGAACCCCUGCGACGCGACUCGACCAAGGCUUUGACCAAAAGUGUGGCUGCAGCUGAGUCGGGAAAACAGAUUUCUUCGCCUUCACUGCCUCCAGCUACUCGCCCUACGCACAUGCCUGAGCGGAGAAACUCCAACUCUGCCUUUGGACCGUCCGGUGGCCGCUUUGGUCUCAACGACUUAGCUAACUGUGUUAUUUGUGGCUCGAACGAGCACUUCAGCUUUAAUUGCAAUGAUCUGGCAGCCAGGGACUCACAGAUGGGCAAGUGCAAGCGGUGCUGGCAAGCCGGUCACGGCAUAUUGAACUGCAAUGAGCCUCGUUGUGUGGGUUGUGGUGAGGUGGGCCAUGGUAGAGACGAAUGCAGAGCUCCCAUGCAGAUGCGCCUCAAGAAAGACCAACAAGACGAGGUCAUCUUGCAGGAAGAGCGAUACAAAAAACAGCGAGAGAAGGAUAUCGCAAAACGUGCUGCGCGUCAGCUCGGCGAUCACAACGCCAUCAUCCCUGAGGUAAAGAGCACCGCGCCUUCUGGGGAGCCCAAGCGCAAGCGAGACGAGCAUGAGAUCUCGAUCACAGGCACGCAGAAGGCUCCUAGAAUUGAUGGCAAUGGCGUACCGCGAGGUCCUGCGGUAAAAAGUGCAAUGUCGAGCAUGGGUGGAGCACCGCCCCUCGUCCGGAAGAAGAAAGCGAAUCCGGAUGACAUAUUCAUGAAGCGAAAGUGA